CAUAGCAUAAACGUGUAUGUUUUUAUAUCUCCCAUAUGGACAUAUGAUGAUUUAAAGUCGCGAUCGUGUAAUGACUGAAUGAGCUUCGAGAAGAUUGUAAUUUUUGUUUCCUAUCACUAUGGCAUCAAGACGAAUCCGUAUUAAAGGAAUAGCGAACAUUCCUCAGCGAAAAAAAUCUGUUGUGACCGAUACGAAUAACGUGAGUGAUGAUACCACGAAAACCGAUUUAGAUUGUGCGAAACAGUCAGGUAAUGUGACUUCUCCAGAUGCUAAUAAAUAUAAUGAUGAACCUGUCCCAAGUUGUGCGAAAUCUGAUCCUCCAGACAAUACUGAUAUUUCUGUAACAUUAAAUACGAAUGUUUCGCAAAAUGAAACAUUAACAAAUAAUUUACCAUUGAUCUCACAACCAGAAACUGCCCCAGUAAAACAAGAUCCAGCUGUUUUAAGGCGAAAAUUUAUUAAACCCACAGUAAAUGUUAUAAAUAGAAAAUCUAAAGAGAAGGUGAUAAAUGAGAACAACAAUCAUGUACCUGAAGUUAGUAAAAUAUCUGCAGAAAAAAUCGUUAUACUGAAUGAUCAUAUGAUCAAACCUGCAGUUGUGGAAAUUAGAUCACCAUCACCCCAAAAACCUCAUGUCUUUGAUACACAGGAGAUUAUUUGUAAGGAGACAUGUUUUGUUGGUCAAACAACUAAUUGUGAAGUCACACCCAUUGAUAGACCCAUUAAACCACCACCAAGUAUACAUUGUGUACAAAAAUUGGAUAUGGAAUAUCCUCCACCACCAUCAAGUCCUAGCAAAAUUAACAGAUCGCGGAUAAAACCUAUACCUAGAUUACAUCAGAGAAAAACUAGUUUCAGUGCUAGUGAAUCAGAAGAUGAGACUAGAAGACAGUACAGUAGAAUCCGAAAUGAUUCAGUGUGUUCUACCGCUUCGAUUGCUGGAGAGGCGUCAUCAAUUUCCGAGUGCAUGUCGCCACAGAGGAAUGCCCGAGAAUUCAACACUGUCAUAAGAGAAAAGUGCAAGAAGAAAGUGCACUCUCGUAAAUUAGCUGAAGCACGCAGACAAUUUAACAUGAAAUAUUAUGGCAAGAUGCCUGACAGACAGAAAUUGACAAUGAUUGACCUUAUUUUCUAUAAUCCAACAACUAAUCCCAUGAAGAAUGAAUCUAAGAAAAAGGAUGAUGACACAAUAAUAGAGGAUGAACUGGAAGAUGAUCCUAGUAAAGAAGAAGACAUUGAUGAUCCUUCAGUUAACAAAAGCGACGAAGAAAAUGAAAUGCCUGUGCCGCAACUAAAAGUGGGUCCUGAUGGAGAAAUUAUCUUGGAUGAAAAAAGUCUGGUGGUUGAGAACAAACAAACAAAAAAAGGUCGCGAAGAAAUAGAAAAAUCAAAAGUUAUUGAUGGGGAUACUUUUGACACUGGUUAUGGCAUUUAUAAAAGAGCCAAGAGGUCUAAAGAUUGGACACCAUCAGAAACAUUGAGAUUCUACAAAGCUCUCAAUAUAAUUGGCACAGAUUUUACUUUGAUGUGCGAUCUUUUCCCUAAAAGAAAUCGUAGGGAGUUAAAACUUAAAUUCAAAAAAGAGGAGAAGGUUAACAAGAACCUUAUUGAUAAGGCUCUUAUGAAUCCUUGCACCUUUGAAUAUGAAGAACUGAAGUGGGAAGUUGACAGGGAAGAAAAAGAAUUGAUGGAAAUCAGUAAAGAAGAAGAAAUUAAAGCAAGGAAGGAGAAGAGUAAAGCAACAAGAAAAUCGUCAAUUCUGAGCCCUCCAGUGAAAAGAUUGAAGACAGCAAAUGGAGAGUUUAAUUCAGAUGAAAAUACUCAAAAAAGUCAAGAUGAUAAACCCGCCUCUAGAUCUAAGAGGUGGAAAUCGUCUGAUAUUCAGCACAUUAACAGUGAUGCAGAUGAAUCAAGCUUAGAAUCAGAGUCUGAAGCAGAUUUUAAAACCAAAACUCUUACGUGAACUCGACAUUCAUUUGCAUAGUUCUGAAGUAAUUUAUUAAUUUUAUCAAUAAGAGUCUUAAGGCACAAUUAAAAACCAAAACUGUUACAUGAACUAUAUCAUUUGUAUGGUUGAGAUAAUGUAUCAAUUUUAGAGUCUGAAACAUACUUAAAAACAAAACUUUUUAUAUGAAUUCUACAUUUAAUUUAUAUAGUUAAGAAAUAGUGUAUCAAUUUUAUCAUUUUAAUAUACAAUUAAUUUAUACUGUAAAUAUAAUGUUGAAAUUAUAUAAUAUAUGAUGUACAUAACUAAUGUUAUUUUAAAUUUUUACCUAUAUUCUAUUUAAAAUUUUACUAUAAAUAAAAUUUUCUAUUUUA